UUCAUUGAGCUCAAAGCUUAGCAGCUUCACCGUGGCUGCGAGGUGUAAACAGCUGGCAAAUUCCGAUUUUUUUCUCUUCACUUUUGAACUGGAUUUAGGCAAUGAGGGUGAUAACCAUGUUGUAGAAAAGAAAGCAGGAAUCUGAGGUGCUUAGGCACAAUGAAGAGAAACUUGCAAACAGUUGAUGAGGAUGAAAGAAAAAAGCAGCUCAACAGUGGGAUGAACUUCAAAUGACUGCAUGCUUGCAAUUAAGGAGGCACAUGUGACUGGCUAAGACGCCGAGCCGGGGCUUCAAGGAAACAGCUGCUGCUGAUACACUCUGCGCUUGGCAGCUGGACAAGCAGAAGGCAGUGGCAAAUCCACCCCAGUUUUCCAAAGUACUUGUAAUUCAAGUUGAACACAUUAACUCUGUAGACAUUUGCCUUAGUGCACUUUUCCCAAUGAUGAAAACUGCCCUGAAAAUCCUUUCAUACCCGGAAAUCUACUUAUGUAAAAACAACAGAAUUUCCUUUCAGGACAACUAAGAACAGAGGCUACCAUUAGGCAGGAGGAUCACCGCCUCUCUCUCCCGCGGAGAUGGUCUCUCUGGCGCUGGAAAUGUAUCCAGUGUUUUGACCGAGGUUCAGCAGCCAUGGCGGCCAGCAGUCUUGGGAAAGCAGCCACUUUAGACGAACUGCUGAGCACUUGCAUCGAGAUGUUUGAUGACAAUGGAGAGCUGAAUAAUAGCUGUUUGCCACGAAUUGUUCUACUGAUGCACCGAUGGUAUUUAUCUUCCACUGAAUUGGCAGAAAAACUCCUCUGCAUGUACCAAAAUGCCAGUGGAGAAAGCUGUGAUGAGUUUCGAUUAAAGAUCUGCUAUUUCAUAAGGUACUGGAUUCUGAAGUUUCCUGCCGAGUUUAAUUUGGAUCUUGGUUUGAUUCGUAUGACUGAGGAAUUCCGGGAAGUAGCUAGUCAACUGGGAUAUGAAAAACACGUCAGCCUCAUCGACAUAUCCAGCAUUCCUUCCUAUGACUGGAUGAGAAGAGUCACACAGAGGAAAAAAGUAUCCAAGAAGGGCAAGGCCUGUCUGCUGUUUGACCAUCUGGAGCCCAUUGAAUUGGCAGAGCACCUCACUUUUCUGGAGCAUAAAUCUUUUAGAAGGAUCUCAUUCACUGAUUAUCAAAGCUACGUCAUCCAUGGCUGCUUGGAGAAUAACCCAACCUUGGAGAGAUCUAUAGCCUUAUUUAAUGGAAUCUCUAAGUGGGUCCAGUUGAUGGUCCUUAGCAAACCAACCCCCCAGCAAAGGGCAGAAGUCAUCACAAAGUUUAUCAAUGUCGCCAAGAAGCUCCUUCAGCUCAAAAACUUUAACACCUUGAUGGCAGUGGUGGGAGGCCUGAGUCAUAGUUCCAUUUCACGCCUCAAAGAGACCCAUUCCCAUCUUUCUUCGGAGGUUACAAAGAACUGGAAUGAAAUGACAGAGUUGGUCUCCUCCAAUGGCAAUUAUUGCAGUUACCGCAAGGCCUUCGCCGACUGUGAUGGUUUCAAAAUCCCCAUCCUUGGAGUACACUUGAAAGACUUGAUUGCGGUCCAUGUCAUUUUCCCAGACUGGAUGGAGGAGAACAAAGUGAACAUUGUGAAAAUGCACCAGCUCUCCGUUACCCUGAGUGAACUGGUCUCCCUGCAGAGUGCCUCUCACCACUUAGAGCCCAACAUGGAUUUGAUCAACCUACUCACCCUCUCUCUGGACCUCUAUCACACAGAAGAUGAUAUUUAUAGACUGUCACUGGUGCUGGAACCUAGAAAUUCUAAAUCGCAGCCUACCUCCCCUACGACGCCCACUAAGACUGUGGUGCCCCUGGAUUGGGCAUCUGGGGUGAUGCCAAAGCCAGACCCCACGGUCAUCAACAAGCACAUAAGAAAAUUAGUUGAGUCUGUGUUUAGGAACUAUGAUCAUGACCACGAUGGGUACAUCUCCCAAGAGGACUUUGAAAGUAUAGCUGCCAACUUCCCCUUCCUGGAUUCCUUCUGUGUACUAGACAAAGAUCAGGAUGGCUUGAUCAGUAAAGACGAAAUGAUGGCCUAUUUCCUGAGAGCCAAAUCCCAACUGCACUGUAAAAUGGGACCAGGAUUUAUCCAUAACUUUCAGGAGAUGACCUAUCUCAAGCCAACCUUCUGUGAACACUGUGCUGGAUUCCUCUGGGGUAUAAUCAAACAAGGAUACAAAUGCAAAGACUGCGGAGCCAAUUGCCACAAACAGUGCAAAGAUCUCCUGGUUCUGGCCUGCAGGAGAUUUUCCAGGGCACCCUCCUUGGGCAGCAGUCAAGGGUCCCUUCCCGGAAGCCCCUCGCUGCCCCCAGUGCAAGAUGAGGUGUUCGAGUUUCCUGGGGUCACUGCCAGACACCGGGAUCUGGACAGCAGAGCCAUCACGCUGGUUACAGGCUCUUCUCGCAAGAUAUCUGUGAGGCUACAGCGGGCCACUACCAGCCAGGCCACCCAGACUGAACCCGUCUGGUCCGAGGCUGGCUGGGGGGACUCAGGGUCCCACACCUUCCCCAAAAUGAAAUCCAAGUUCCACAGCAAAGCAGCAAAGGACAAAGGCUUUGCCAAAUGGGAAAAUGAGAAGCCCAGGGUGCAAGAGGGUGUGGAUGUUAUAGACCGAGGCACUGAGUUCGAACCUGACCAGGACGAAGGCCUGGAUGAGACCAGACAGGAUGGCGAGGAUGGCUGACUUCGGGCUGGGGAAACUGAGGCAAUCGUGUUGGCCUUGAGAAGGAACAAGGUGAGAAACUCUGAAGAACACUCCCAUCUCAGGAAGUUAUCUGGAAAGACACCCGGAUGUUUACUGCCUUUGGACAUUGUGGGAUCGCCAUGGUUGGUCACUGGGACAGAGGAUUUACCGUAAUAGUGAACUAUUUAUGUCCUCCUCCCUGCCCCUGGUUAGGUGCCACAUAGACUGUGUUAUGUAGCUGGUAGUUUUCUCAUUACUUUUCUCUAGAGCCAAUUAUAUACGGGUGAAAAGAAGACUUUCUGCGCUCACACUUGAUACUUACUCUCAACGUUCAGCCUUUGCUUUUUUGUGAGGAUAUUUCAAUUCUGUGUACUUUUGGGAUGGGACCAGUGCUUAACAUUUUCUCAAGGGACAAGGAAGUUUCUCAACGCAGUGGUUCUGGGGAAGAUGACCUGCGAGGAGAAGCUGUUUAUGUCAUUCCUACCGCACAGUGGCUGUGAUGUACAGGGAGUAACAUGUAUCUGUUUCCAAGGUCUUCUCAACUGCGUCACUCAGGGGCUGUACCACAGCCGUGAACAUGCUCCUAAUAUUUGUAAUAGCCAUGGGACGAAAUUAACCACGCCUGUCUCAACUGACUGCAUACCCUUCUUUCUUUAGAUUCCUGAAAUAGGAAUCGCAAUUGAGAAAUAUGUUUGUUUGGGGAAAUAAAACUGAGUAGAAAAAUCACUGAACAACCCACUUGGUGAAAUUUUAAAAAACUAUUGCCAAUUUUUAAAAGUCCAAAGUAAUUCUAAAUUUCGCUUUAAAAAAAAAGCUUUGUUUCUGAAAGAUAACUCUUGUACUCUUCUUAAUAAAUUGCCAUCCAUAAUUAGACUAUUCAGUAAAAGAAAAUACUCAUAAUCACCUUGACUUUUUCACUUAAACUCUUUUCCCUGGACCCAGAAUAUCUAGAUGUGGAUGGGUUUCUUAAAUUAUUAGAGAGAACUUGAUUCAAGAUGUCCAAAAGAGAAGCCAGGUGUUGGUAGUGCACACCUGUAAUCCCCAGCACUUGAGAGGCUGAGGCAGGAGGAUCACCACAAGUUCAA